CAUGGGUCCUCAAACAUCGAACAUCGUACGCAGAGAGAAGCCAUUUUCUAGUUUAUAAUUUGGAAAAAAGUUAGAAUUUUCAGCUUAUAUGCUAGGUUAAAGAUAACGCAUUUCAUAAAAAAUAUGUUAUCAUGAAAAUACCCUAAAUUUUGUUUUGGGAUUGAACUUAUUGUCCAGCAUGAAUUGGAAUAAAAUAGAAAAUUUGUUGAUGUUUGUCGUGACUGUUUCAGCAGUUGUGCAGCCAUUGUUAGUGUUAUGCAGUCCAGCAAUAGACUCAACAACGUCUCCCUAUAAUCUAAUUAGAAAACCUGAAUAUCUCAGCCAUUCGUUACCUAAAAAUGUGUCCUGUCCAGAUGAAUGGAAACUAGAAUCAGUUGACAACAAAGAAAUGUGUUACAAAUACUUUUCGAAUGAGCUAAGUUUCGCCGGUGCAGAUUUAACAUGUUCUCGAGAGAAGGCUCACCUUGCCGUAGCCGAGAACAAAAAAGAACUAGACUUUUUAAUGGAACAUGAUUGGAAAGAUUUGGCUGAAUAUAGUUUCUGGAUAGGUUACCAGUAUACUCAAUUAGUGAAUGGGUCCAGUUGGUUAGAGGCUAGUCAAAAUCAGACAUUAGACCAAGAACUGACCAAGAGGUUGAAUGAUAAGUUACGAGAGUCUGAUUAUACAGAUGCCCCGUUUGUAAAAGCAAACAACACAGGUUUUGAAAGACACUGUGUCUUGGUAAAAUUUAGCAAGAAAUUAAGGAGUGAUGUUGUUUUAUCCAACUGCAAAAAUAAGAAUGAAUUUUUAUGCCAACAAGAUGCAGACGUGGAAUAUAUAUGCCUGGACAGAGCAGACCGGGUGUACAAAAAUGGUGAACGGUUCAGACCCAAAGGCCUGGACGUAUGCACAACAUGUACCUGUGGGGAGUCGAUGAACUGUAUGUCAGCAAUGUGCGCGCAACCUAGCUGCAACCGAUUCAUACCUGAUGACAUGGAGUGCUGUAAAUACACAUGCAUUUGGGAUAAAGAUGAGAAUGAAAAUGGUAAAACUGGUCUCGAGAGCAAUAUGCAAUGGAUGUUGACAAUGGCUUUCUCUUUCUUCAUCCUUGGUGUCGUUCUUAUAAUGAUUUACAGGAUGCGGCAGAAAAGAAUGGCUUAUUUGCGAUUUAGGCGUGAACGAUUGCAACAGCUGUCUCAGGUGGACUUCGAACCUGGCUCAGGUCCGCCACCACCACCGGAUGAUUUUGAUGGCUCGGGAUUCCGUGAGCCCCCGCCCCCAUAUAUAUUUUACAAAGAUCAACAUGCUGAUCGUCCACCUCCUUAUGAACAGCUGACCAUCACCAUGCCAACAGUUAAUGCUAACAAUAGAAAAAUUGAGGAUACAAGAGAAACGGUCAUGUUACUUGGGGACUCUGAGCCAAGUACCCCAAGCGUCCAAAGUGCUGACUUAACAUUAUCAGAGACCACCGGAGCAACUGCAGCUGCUAACCAUCAAAAUAAUAAUAAUACACCAGAGGAAAACACAUCACGUUUAAAUUCAACCAGUGAACAUUCGUCGGUAACAACGCCGACAGGAUCAGAAACAAGCCAAGAAAGCAACUCAUCUACAAGUACAGUUUUCCAAACAACAGUUUGAUUUAUGCAAAUAAUGAUGGAGAAUUUUAAUAAUAAUUAUAAUAAUAAUGAUAAUAAUAAUAAUGUUGAUUUUGUGUGUUAUUAUGAAGGCUACUAGAAGUUUUUAUUAUAGCACCGGCCAUUGAAUCAAACGCCAUAUAUACACUGCUAUUCCAUAAUAUUCCAGUAUAUAUGUUAGUUAUCCCCAAGUUGGCACUUAAAACUAAAUAUGGUCAUGAUGUGACAUCAUCAUGACCAUAGUUAGGCAUGUAACAUGUUUCUGUCAAAUAAAAUUUUAUAGUCUAGUACAAGGAAGUGACCCGAACAGAAAAGAAACUGCAAUUGACUUGAUGCAACUGCCAUCAGCGGCUGUUCCACUAUUUUCUCAUUUCCCCUCUAUUAUGAGGAAAGUUCAGCUGCAUGAGACUGCAACAUCAUGUAUUUAGAGCACAGUGUAUUUGCAUCAUUACUGAACACUGCAUUCUGCCAUGGAUAUUAACACUGAUGACUGGCAUCUAAAAUUGCUCUAGCGUGAACGAGGUUUUAAGAUUGAAAGCAACCGUUGAACCUAUCACGAAUUUUGCUUAAAUAAUAAUAAUCCACCUUCAGCAUUUGUAGUCAUUUCUUAAUUUGUUGCAGAUAUUUUAAGAAUAAAAAUAGCAUAGAAAAUGAAACCUACGGAAGCACCUAAGUGCCAUUCGACUUGACAAGAUAACCCAUCUCGCCAUGAAAACAUAACAUUUUUAGUAUGUCGACAUGAUAUGUAUAUUAUGUCGACUUGACAACAUAAGUUAUCUUGAUAUACAUAUCAUGUCGAGACCAACUAUCUUGCCAAGACGACAUACCAAAAAUGUUAUGUUGUCAUGGCGAGUCGACAUAAUAAAAAUUGUAUGUUGUCAUGGCGAGAUAGAUUAUCUUGUCAAGUUGACAUAGUAAAAAUGUUAUGUUGUCAUGGCGAGAUAUAUUAUCUUAACAAGUCGACAUAAUAAAAAUUGUAUGUUGUCAUGGCGAGAUAGAUUAUCUUGUCAAGUUGACAUAGUAAAAAUGUUAUGUUGUCAUGGGGACAUAAUUUAUCUUGCCAAGUCAACAUAGUAAAAAUGAUAUGUUGUCAUGGCAAGAUAAAUUCUCUUGUCAAGUCGACAUAGUAAAAAUGUUAUGUUGUCAUGGGGACAUAAUUUAUCUUGCCAUGUCAACAUAGUGAAAAUGAUAUGUUGUCAUGGCGAGAUAAAUUCUCUUGACAAGUCGACAUAAUACAAAUUGUAUGUCGUCUUGGCACGAUAGUUAAUUUCAUUACAUGAUAUGUAUAUUAUGUCGUCUUGACAACAUAAAUUAUCUUGGCAAGUCGUCAAGUCGAAUAGCACUUAGGUGCUUCCGUAGAAAUCCAACAAAAAAGUAAUCAAAGUAAUCAAUUAUAUAUAAUAUAGUAUAUAAAUAUUUGACUUUGAAAAUUAUGUAUGUUUGAAAUCAUAUUUUAAAAAAUUAAAUUUUAAAAAGAAUCCAUGUUCAAGAAAUUUUAUUUUUAUACCAACUAAAUAUUUAUAUCUUCUUUUUCUUGAUCAACCUGUAUUGCCUUUCUGCAAUAUAAUUAAGAAAUACUACUGAACGUGUAUUAUUAUUUUAUAUUACUACUGUACAUGAAUUAUUAUUUUUGGUGUUAUUAUUAUUAUUAAUAUUAUAAUCAUUAUUACUAUUAUUAUUAUUAUUAUUAUUAUUAUUAUAAUUAUAUAUAUUGUAUUUCAACAUUCCUUUGUAAGAUAAUCAUGUUUGAAACUGGUAUUUUACACCAUUAAGCUCUGAAUAAAAAACUUUAAAUAUGUAAUUAUCCAUUACAUAUUGCAUCUCAAACAAAACAUUUUUCCAGAAUAGAUAUAUGACAAUCAUAAUAAAAUGCUUUGCACAACAUUAUAUGUAUUAAUGUGUAAUUAUCACCGCCAAAGACAUAAAAAUAUGCUACAAUUGAAUUUAGUCUCUGAUAAAAUUGAUAUUUUAAAAGUAAUUACAAGGUAAAUGUUUUUCAUUUCAUUCAAAUCUUUCAGUAUUGAGUAAUAUAUAAGUUUUGCUAUGCUAGUGCUGGUCAAAUAAUCCUAACAUGGUUUAGAUGUUGUAAAUUGAAUAAUAAAUGUGUAUUGUUAAUGAGAUUUUGUCUACAAUGUUAAAUUUGAAUGCUUA